UAACGCCGGAAGAAGCCCCGGCGGAUGGUGAACCUAUGGUGCCCUGCGCUCAGGGUCGUGUCGUGGUGGAGACAGCAAGACCAGCGCCACCAUACUUUGCCAUGUGCUCUAGCUACCGUAGACAAGUGACCGGUAUAACCGGUACGCCGAUCGAUAUAGUAGCGAGUGUAUCUGGGACUACGUCAACGAGUGCCACGCAAACGGAUCAGCAGUCGACGUCGUCAGGCAGCAGGGGUGCUAUCAGUAAAAAUACGAUGAUUGCAGGCCACGGUAGCGCAGCGAGGCCGGAAGAGCUUGGCGUAACACCGUGGUACCUAGAGGAUUAUCCGACCAUAGACUCCUCGCCGGGACCUACGGGCGAUCGGAGCUCGUAUCCCUCGUAUUCUCACGUCGACACAGAUGCCGUGGUAAAGCCAGACGUGAUCUCGACGAGGAACAGUAGCUUCGAAACCGAGUUCCCACGUCCUCCCGUCAGCACCGUGCCUAGAAAAGCUUAUAUGGACUUGAGAGACGCCAUCGCUUUGUUGGACGAAACCUGUCCGAACCAGGAACCCAGUCCGUCCCUCACGCCGAGAACACCGAGAACUCCACUGACGUCGCAUCCGCGAAACAAAAGGGCCAGAUCCAAGAGUAGCGACAACUCGUCGAAUUACAGUAACGACAGAAUGAGCGAUCGUUCGUUCGAAAACCCGCGAGCACAGGAGAAGGAGAAGGAGAAGAAGCGACCGUUCUUGAAGAAGAUCGGUAUAUCAAAGACGGAGGACAAACCCUUCCUGGCGAAGCUGGCGCCUAAGAUAAUAGGUAAGCCGUACUUGGAGAAGAUCGGACCGAGCAAAGCCGUCGAGAAGCCUUUCCUGGACAAGAUUGGCUCAUCGAAGACGUUGGACAAAUUCUUUUUCGAGGCCCCGCGGUACGAACGAAAAGGCGAAACGCCAAAGGCAGACGAAGUUGUGAAGAUUGCGGAAGCAAAGAAACCAGAAGAAAAGAAGCUUAUCAAGAUGGAUCACCAGUCGUUUGACGUCGAAAGAAGACGAUCCGGCAAGGGUCAUCUGUUGAAGAUGUACUCGUUCGAAACGGAGGAUCUAGAGUCGACGGUUCAGGCGAAGGAUCAUAUUCGAGAUCCUCUUCGAGGCGCCUCUCUAGACGAUGUCCUCGACUCGGGUCCGAGCUCUCUACCACUGGAAACCAUAACGGACGAACCAUCGCCACCACCAAAGGUAAAAACGAAAGAACGAACCGCGAACGGUGUCGAGCUUUUGAAGUGCCGCGUUACAACCAGCGAGGAGAUUAUUUUUUCCGGCGCCAGCUAUGGCUCGGAUAAGGAAUCUAGCAGCUGGGGCAAUUCGCCUAGAACGAAAUGGCAAUCAAUAAAAGACACUGGUACGCCAAUAACGCCUACUCGUCGCAAAGUUAUUCAAAGUUGUCAACAUAGCGAAGACAGCGUUCCUAAUUCACCGACUAAACGACCCAUCUCCUCCGUUCUGCCAGACCGUCAGGAUGAUUCGCAACAAGCCGACACCUCGGAGAAAAGUAUUUGUUCCCCGAUGAAAAGCAGGAGACAGACGUACGAGGAUUUACUGAACGCAUAUGGAAAGAAGAAGGAACCUCUUCAGAAGCCGAAUGACAAACAGGCACAAUUUGAAAGACGAGGUAUAUCCUCGGACAAUCUUUUGUCGAAGGAUCGUUCGUUGGCCGCGUCUGUCUUCCUGGCUGGUGACCACCAAGUCGAAAAGACGAGGGAGGCGUCGUCGGAGGACUCGUUGGCUCAUCGCACCGCUCAAGAAUACACGAGGGAAACGUUCAAACAGCUACAGGAUAAAUUCAAGUACCAUGAAGUACCGACUGAAACGUACGCGGACUUUAAGCGACGAACGCGAGGAGGGAACGUUCAGGGUAUAAUUGCGAGACAAGAAAAAUUGAAAGCGGUGACGGACACUCGUGAGGAACGUUUAAAGAUUAAGACAGAGGAAACGGACGCGGACUCGAGCACCGAUGGAAGAACCGGAUACUUACGAGUCCAAGGAAGCACGAGAUCUCUACUAAAGAAACAAGAGGAAAUAGAUCAUCCUAGCGAUCAGGAAUCGGACAGCAACGCGUCUAUAAGACGUCCCAAGCGACGAAUCUUCCACGAGCCUUCCCAGGAAACAAUGGACCUGCUGACGGAACUGAGAAAGGUGAAGAGUUUACUGAAGACUCCGUCGUGGGAGAAGGAUCUCGAGUUGGAUAAGAAACCAACUCGUCAACCAAAGCGUAUUCUGUUAACCGACAAAGAAUUUUGUCUGUCGGUUGAACGGGAGAAUAGUAUUCGACGUCCGUCAAAGGUGCUGAAUUCUCUUGAGAGAAGAGAGGAAAGUCAAUUGGAUGGAAAGCAGGAGGAAGAUGAGAAGAAGCUUCCUGGACCAGCUUUGUUCGAGAAGAAGUGUCUUUCGUUAGAUUAUGCCGACGAUGAGAAGCCACAAAAAGCGGAAAGAACGAUUUCGCUGGCCUCUAGAAAUUUUCUCUCACAAUCAGAGGCUGAAGAAGCGGUCAAUUAUUGCGACUCGAAGAACUACUCGUCGAAUGUGUUUAAUAAUACUUGCUCGAGAGAAACGACGAAUGGAAAGGAAAAUGGCAACGAAUCGGACAAGGAUGCGAAGAGAAGUGGUCAGAAUCAUUGCGCGGAGGUGGACAUCGCCAUUCCGAUUGAUCAGAAAGCUAGCAGUCCAAAGGUUAGGGGUCAGAUUCAGGGUAGAACGAGCGAUCUUUACGAGAUCAUAUCCCCGAGAUCAACGCCUUUCCGAGCGAAAAGAAGGCUCGGAAAGAUCUCCGUGGAGGAGAGCGUGAAACCGGAGAGUUUCACCCUGGGUUCGAAGGUCGACUGCCGAUCCACCGUUACACAGAAACGGACCAAGUGCUUCCCUUUAUAACGCACGUCGACCUGCCCGUGGGCGAAACCCUCUCUGUGACCAGACCAGAGGGUCUACGCGUUCACCCUGAAGGAAAUUCCAGGCAAAGUCAGGGUGACAAUGACAAGAAAAAUUUGUCAGUUGUUCUUGGGGAUAACACCUUUUAUUGAAAUUGCUCGUCCAAGAUGAUCGUUGCCACGUUUCAAAGAGAAAGAACAGCAAGCUUUUCACGCUCGUCAAGUACCGCGUCUUUACACUCGCAGGUAUAUUCUAAAGGAAAAAAAUAAAACACCGACCACUUUUUACCCGACGUUUCGCGAUAGGAAACGGCUCGAAAAAGCUCGACAGCCAUCGAUCGAGGCGAACCUUGCGUAAAAUCAUCGGCUGAUGAACAGAAAAGUAAAAGAAAAAUCUCUCCACAAACCAUCGAACAACAACAACGCGUGUUUGCCCCUGUCGAGCAGUGCCUUGUUCGUGGAUAUAUUUAUUUAAACAAAAAAUAAGAUAUAAAAGAAAAAAGAAAACGCAAGAAAAAAAAGAAAAAAUUGAAAGAAACAAAAAAUCGUGUACCGACGAUCUAUAUAUUAGUAAAAUAUGUAUUCCGACUACGGGCCGGAUUUUUCAUGAAUGGGUCCACGGAGUUGCGCUUUCGUAAUGAACAAUUUUCAAGAAAUUAAAAGAAAAACGCAUUCGAAUUAAAGAGAAGAACAUUGACAAUUCUCAUUGACCACGAUUUUUAAUAAUCUUCUUGAAAAGGUCCUCGAAGUUGGUUGAGAGAUGGUGAACGAUCCUUAAGAUUUCACGAGAGUGCAACUCCCACGCUCGCCAAGCCUAUUCUCUUUGUUCGGCGAAGCGCGUGACGUUUUAACGACACGAACAUACAUAGAAAUAUAUUAUACAUAUUGAAGAAUAACAGAUUGUUACGUUCCUCCGAUAAUUUUUUAGAAGUAGAUAGGGCCUAACUGGGCACCAGAUGGAAUAAUACGGAAAGUACAGAUUAAUGUAGAUAUAUGUAUACAUAUACAUAUGUAUGUACGUAAGAGAAAAGAGGUACAUACUCACGUUACCCAGAUAUGGGAUAUUUGUACGUAUUCUAUAGGUUUUCUUAAAAAGGAUGCACACCAUAAAAACUAUAUAAAUUCUUCGUAACAAAAGAAAUAGAAAAAAAUGACAAAGACCUUUUCGAUUCCCUUUGCAUGGAGAAUUUCUAGUUUUUCAUAGUUUGUAUCUUCUUUGAGUAUAACCGUGUAUAUUAUACAUAUAUUCAGGAUAUGGUUGCGAUGAUAUUACAGUUUGGGUGUACUGAAAAAAUUCAUUGUAAUCACGUCCUGUGUAUGUAUAUGAUUAUUAGAGAUUAAAGCAAGUUGAUAUUACAAUGAUACAAUACAAUGAUGCAUACUUGUAUACAGCAGGUGACAAGUAUGCAAAGGCGUAUGCGUACCUAAAUAGGUGUACUUGUACGGAAAUCCUAUAAUUGACGAAAUGUGCCAAAGAAAGAUACGAUUUAUUGUACGUUACGGAGUUACUUUUCUAUAUACACAUAAUAUAUCUAUACAUACAUAUAUAUUUAUACAGAGGGUUUCUAUCGGUGUACAGCACCUCGGAUCAAAGAAUGGUAACGUAUUUACGCAUACUCUGUCAAUGUGCUAUGCCGUUUCGUCUAAUCGAUCAACAUUUGAAGUAUCUCGUUAGAGUUUUAAUAAUCGAAAUAAGUAUCAAUGAAAGAAGGAAUUUAUUUUGAAGGAAAGACACAACCUUUCUCCGUUGUCAAAAAACAUCUGAGAUAUUUCAAAUGACUAUAAUACAGAAACGACGUUAUGUAAAACUUAGAAUCGAUAUACAUAUGUAUGUGAGUAGACUAUUAAGAGAAGAGUAAUAAUAAAAAUUCGCUCAUCGUUGGUAGAACAAUUAAUAUCGAGCUGAACACGGUAUCUUCGAUCCGAGGUGUAAUAGAUUUUUAAAAACACUCUGUAUGUACGUGGGGUGUUUCCACGUGUUGGUGUUUUAUUUAUUUUUUUAUUUAUUUAUUUUUUUCUUUUUUUUUUUUCGUGGUGCGACACGCACGACGCGUGAUUUGUCCACUGCACAGAUAUGACGAUUAAAUGUGUGGUCUGUGAAGUGGAAUGAAAAUAAAAUUAUGGCGAGGCAGGGUUCGCAUUCUAAUACGGAGGCAUAAAUCGUCCAGGCUCGUUCUUAACUUUACAAAGAAAGAAAGAUCUCGUAUCCGCAGCAGCCAUCCGUCCACCUUUUCGGCUGUCCAUGCUGGUCAGGCAUGGUUUCUCGCAGGCGAGAUUUUAGUGGCCGAGAACGAACCCCUCUAAUAAUAAUUAACGUCCAUUCGUACGGUUCUGAAUAUUUUAAAGUUUUAUUCGAAAGAGUUUAUUGUCCGUAUUAGUACAAUUUAGCCUAAUUGUACAAUUUUCUUAUUCACAGAGGAUAUUUAUUGUUGAACGGAUUUUAAAGAUUUUAUUGUUCGUAUUCUAUCGAACGUGCCCGACUUAACGUUUAUUUAAAAAAUUUCAUCAAGCGAAAUCAACUCGGGCAAAAGUAGACGUUGAUUCUUUGAUCGACAAUAUAUAUAAUAAACGACCUAAUGUUGAAUACAUUUGUCUUUCUCGCUUUUUAUUUAACAGUUAUUCUAAAACUUUUCACCGCAACUGUAUACAUAUACAUGUACAAUACACAACAUCAUAAGUUUUCGAAGCUUUAUACACACAAGUAAUAACAAUUUUCUGCAGCAACAGUUUGCUCGUAGAAAUUUAUAAGAUUGUUGCCCGAUAGAAACGAAUUUAAUAAAUAACGUUAUAUUUUUUAUUUGUCGUUUUAAAAAAUAAGUGAAAUAGCAAUUGUAUUCUAAAAUUGUAUUGAACAAUUUAUUUCAUUUGAUCGAUAUGUUAUUGUUAAAGAAAAGAAAUGAUUUAUGGUAUAAAUGUUGAAAUUUUCUACAAAAUAUCGCGCUGAAAAAUAUACGUAAAAAAGAUGAUUCAAAGUUAAGGCGAACGGCUUGAUGAAAUCAAUUUUUAAAAGUACACGCUUUCGAGAGCUCAUUUUUAAAGUUUUCCGCGUUUCACGAUUUCUCUAUCCGCGCGUUUCUUAUCGCCCAAAAUUCCGGAAUCGUUGAGAACGAGUUUUAAAUGCAGUCCAUUUACCAAGCUGAACUUAAUGGCGAGCGAGUGAGCGAUGUUUUGUAAAUUGUGUAAUAAGUGUUUUAAAUAAAACACGAUGUGGUACAUUUUGUGUAACAUUGAUACGUUGUUGUAAAUAAUAAAUAGAUCGUAUGUUGAA